CCACCGAUCGAGCUCACUAGCAAAUAGCAAUGGCUGCCAGCACCAAGCUCGUAGCUCUUGGCUUCGCCGUCCUCCUGAGCAUUGGGUUUUCCAAUGCCGCGAGGGUGGCUAGGUUGAGCUCCGCCAGUGCCGGAGGCGGUGGUGGAGGCGGCGGAGGCGGCGGUGGGUCGUCCGGGAGUGGAUGGGGAGGUGGCAGUGGAGGUGGAGCCGGCCUGGGGUCUGGUGAGAGUGGCGGGACCUGGUGGAAUGGCUGGAAUAACGCCUUCGGAGGCGGCGCUGGUGGAGGAAGCGGCGGCGGUGGUGGCACCAACGGCGGUUCUGGGUCCGGGUCCGGCGCUGGCUAUGGCUCUGGCCAUGGUGAGAGUAAGGCACCAAGCCCUACCGGCGGUAACUACGCCAACGCUGAUGGUAAGGGCGGCGGCGGCGGCAUGGGCGGUGGCGCCAACGGCGGCAUCGGUUUUGGAAGUGGUGGCGGUGUUGGCAAAGGCCAGGGUGAGAGUGGCGCAGCACUGGCACCGUCCCCCUACGGGUACUACAACGGCGGAAACGCCGACGCUAUCGGCGGCGGUGGCGGCUCCGGCGGUGGUCAUGGCGGUGGCGCGGCCGGAGCUCCUAGCUCCGGAACCGGAGGCGGCAUUGGCGGGGGCAACGGACAAGCUGGCAGCGACGGCUCUUGGGGAUCAAGCUACGCCCAGGGAAUUGGUGCUGGCACCGGCGGUGGAGGUGGCGGCGGUACUGAAGGCGGUUCGGGCAGCGGUGGAGGUGGCGGAUCCGGGUCCGGCAGCGGCGGAUCCCACUGAGAUCACCCUUGCUGGAAUAUCACUAGAGAGAUGGAG